AUGUUUCUCGCUGCUGCUUCAGACCCAUCUAUGGGGCAGCAGCAGCAGCAGCCGCCGCAGCAGCAGCCGCCGCCGCAGCAGCAGCCUUCUGAGGAGCUGCAGCAGCUGCAGCUCCUUUUUUCUGCUCGAGGCUCCGGCACUCCACAAGACCCACAGCAGCAGCAGCAGCAACAACAACAACAACAACAACAACAACCACAACAACAACAACAGGAGGUAGGAGGCAUGUGCAGUGGGAUGUCUGGCGCUGCAGCAGCAGCACAGCAGUAUCUAGCAUCAACAAGGGGGGCCCCAUCGGGCGUAGGGGGCCCCCCUCCCUUCGCUUUCUCAGGGCAGCAGGGGCCCCCACCCCCUGUACCAGGGGGCCCCCUGGGGGGCCCCUCAAGAGUGCUUCUCUUUGUUGAUAGACCUACAAGAACCUUUGCCUUGCAAGAGGGAGACAUUAGAGACUGCGUCUCUGCCUAUGGAUCGAUCGAUGGCGUGUACAUUCUGAGGGACCGCGCAGCAGCAGAGGUUGCCUUUGGUUCUGCUGCUGCUGCAAAUGCAUGCAUGGCGGCUCUUGAUGGAGUGCCGCUGGAGGGUGUGGGGCAGCUGCGGGUGCUGCUGCUGCAGCCUGGUGCAGCAGCAGCAUCGCUUCUUCCGGAUUCCUCUGCGGAUCCACCGCCGCAGCAGCAGCAGCAGUUUGGUGGUGGUGGUGCUGCUGCUGCUCAGUGGGGCGCUGGGGGGUGGGCCCCUAGUGAUCCUAGGGCGAAGCCCCCGUCGGAUUCUGCUGCUGCACUGCAGCAGCAGCAGCAGCCGCCGCCACCGCAGCAGCAGCAGCAAUCGCUUUCGGGAUCUCAGCAGCUGCAGGUGGGCAGCAGCAGCAGCAGCAGCAGCAACGGCAUGCAGCGUGUGUGUAGGCUGGAGCUUGUGGGGCUCUUUGGGGGGGAACCGACCUUCUCUGUUGCUGCUGCCCUUAGAGGGUCUAACGACAGCAAUAUUCAAUAUAUAUUAGAGCAUGCUAAGCACAAGCUUGAGAUUGGUAUCCGAGGCAAACCCAUUAACGAUGCCCCCGUUGCAGACAGACUGCACAUCACCCUCUCUUCUCACGAUGAUGAGGCCUUCGAGAAGGCCUUAGCCAUGUGCGAAGACUUGGUGCACUCUGUUUGCGAGCAGUAUUUAGCUUAUUGCAGAGAGCGACAUAUUAUUGUUUCUCAGCCUAUAGGCUUUCGGAGGCAUAUGUAUCAGCAGCAACCAGAUCCGGGGGCCCCCAGCGGGGGCCCCCUCAUUUAUAUGGGGGCAACAGAACGACUUAAAACUCCACCAGGGGCCCCCCAAAACCCCCCCCCUCAAGCACCAUCUCCUGCUGCUGCUGCUGCUGCAGCUGCUGCUGCUGCUGCUGCAACAGCAGGAGGAUCCUUGCUGCCCCCGCUGCUGCCCCCUGGGGUCCUCGCCCCAGGGCCCCUCCCUCUUGCUGCUUUGGCUGCAGCAGGAAUACCGGGGGCCCCCUUAGGGUCUCUAAUGUCUCCUGGGCCCCUCGGAGCACCAGGAGUGCUGGGGCCCCCACCCUUCUUGGGGCCCCCCUUCCAUCCACCAGCAAACGGAGACUUUGAACAGAGACACAACAGAGACAGAAGCAGAAGCAGAGACAGAGGGCCUCAAAGAGACAGAGAUGGAGGCUACAGAGGGGGAUCCCCUCGUCGUGGGGGCCCCGGGGGCCGCCAGUCGCGGCGAGGUGGAGGCCGAGGGGCCCCCGGCAGGGGCCCUAGGGUCCCAGAGGAGGAGGGGGGCCCCCAAUAG